AUGGAUUGUGGUGACACCCCGAGUCAGGCACCUCCCAAUACCAAGGUCAUAUCUCCACGCAGACUUCGCAGGAGAGCACGCAAGGCAUGCGUGUACUGCCACAACCGCAAGGUGCGCUGUAAUGUCUCAAUCAGGGGCAGCCCUUGUGUGAACUGUCGUCUCGACGGCGAGACCUGCAUAAUUCCUGGGCGCUCAAAGAAUAUCAAACGAGUUCGGCAGCAAUCCAUCGACCAUGCUGGACCUUCUCAACUGUCCAAGUCACCGAUUCCGGGUCCCAUUCCUAGCCAAUAUCACGGCGCAGACGAACCGGAUUGGACAUCAAGGGAUCGGCCGAGCUCGGCCCAAGAAACAUUGGCUCCAUGUCCGGCUGAUCCUCAUCCUUCUACUAAUAAUGAGAGCUUUGACUGGAUUAAGAAUGUUCUAAGGCCCCAUCAUCCCGGAAGAUCUGUUCAUUCUACACGCUCUCAAUCCGUCGGGAACACCUCACAUAGUGAUGAGAAAGACCGGGCUCGCCUUCUAGAUUCUGGGCCUUCCGCCGACGUCAGCUACAGUUACUAUCCCUUCCUUUCCAUCAAGGAAGUACGAAAUCUGUCCCCUCAAGAUUUUAACUGUCUUGAAUCGCAAGGCUGUUUAAAGGUCCCAGUACCGGAUUAUUUGGAUGAUUUCGUACACCAAUAUUUCCUUCACGUGCAUCCAAUGUUGCCAUUGAUAAACGAAGGCAACUUUUGGGACCUCUAUUCCAAUCGAGAGGAUAAUCCACACGGGACCAUCUCUUUGUUAGUCCUCCAGGCUAUGCUAUUUGCUUCCUGCAACUUCAUUUCACUGUCCACCGUUCAUGCGCUCGGAUAUCCUAGCAUACGGGUCAUGAGAGCUUCAUAUUAUCGCCAUGCUAAGCUUCUGUAUGAUUUCGGAUCUGAGUCUUCGCAUGUUCUGGUUGCUCAGGCAGCCUUACUUCUCAGCUUUACAUCUCUAUCCGAGCGCAAUACACCCUAUGUUUCGUGGCUUAGCAUCGCCAUUGAAAAUGCAAAGAUGGCCGAAGCACACCUGUACGGCACCCUUCCUACAUCUUCUAUUACACCACAAGAGCGCAAUAUCUUGAAGAGACUAUGGUGGUGCUGUAUCAUCCGGGACCGCUCGACUGGACUUCUCAUGAGGCGCCCGAUUCAAAUUACAAGUCAUCACUUCGAUUUUGCUGUCCAACCUUUGUGUUUUGAAGACCUUGCAGAUGAGAUUGAAAGAUCAAUGGUGUAUGAUUCUUCAACAAAGGAGAAACUGGCCGUCAUUCUGACCCAGUGGUCCGAACUCAAUGCUUCACUGACAGACAUUCUCAUGCUUGUUUUCCCGUUGGAUGAAAGACAAGUUGUCAGCCCCCAACAGAAACUGGCCAACUCUACGCAAAUUUCCGAUCAUCAAGCUGUGUUAGCUCAAUGGUUUGACUCAGUGAUUUCACAACUUUCGUUCCCCUUCCCCGGAGUGAAAACACCAAUGUCCUGUCGCCGCCAACUUAAAAGAGGCAUCCAUCCUUCGUCCGUCAUCCUGUACACUAACUUGAUGAUGAUGUACUACCACACUUCGCGCAUUGCAAUUACUCACUUCAAACUCUCUCAACUGAAUAAAUCACAAACAUCCCCAAAAUCCGACAGGAGCCUUCACCAAAGCCCUCUAUGCAUUUUUGAGACUCGCCAAGAACUGAGAGACGCAACACGUUGCAUUGCUGAGUGCCACACGCAGUUGGUAAAUCGGGGGCUUGAUCGUUGGCUCCCUCUUUCGGCUAUUGGCUGCACAGCUCUUCCACUCGUUCUUCACCUUCUCGACACCAAAUUGUACUCUCGGCUUGAACAUGAGGCCGCCGAGAUCGAAUCAACAACAGGCUCCAAUCAGAGACAGCUAGAUGAUCUAGUCAGUGUCAUGAAAUCAUACCAGUUGCAGUACGACAACUCGGACUGGAUGACUAAAAUAGUCCGCCAUAUUAUCAACAUUGUGCAGAUUGAUAUUGGCAUACCGAACAUGCAAACAUCAGCAAUUGACUGGACUGACAUACUCGUCUUUCAACCAACCUCUUACCUUCGUAUGACAUUGGCCCUUGAUAUCAGUCUAAGGAAGGGAAGAUUAGCCGAGGAAGGGGACUUCCCUUCCCGUCUCAGGAAUCUCUCUUUCAUCGAGCUCCAACCUUCAAUGGACGCAGCAGACACGAAUAAUUCCAAAGGAAUGCAUUUUGAAUCCCCAGGCCCAUCGCCACUUGAUUCCGCGUACUCUGUGGCGAAUAGGCGAGAAUCCAGGGAUCAAGAACUGUCCUCCUUGUCUAGUCCUUCUGAACAUGGGCUUGAAACUCUAGAGGAUCAAAUAUAUUUGCAUCUGGCUGGUGGAAUGACACAAUAA